CUCAAUGCUGAAUAUUAUAUGACAGCUACACAAAGAUAAAUUAUGAUAUAUAAACAGAUUUUUUAAAAAGAAAUUGCUCCAGGAAGUAAUUUCAGGAAGUAGCAAGCUUUCCCUGACAGUCGUGCAGUUUACAAAUCAAGAUGGCAGGUCUGUCUUUAUACUUUGAAGAUGGUCAUGAUGAUUUGGAUGACUUUGGGUUUGAUGACUACGGGUCAGAGUGCGAUGGAAUUCGGAUCACGGCCUUCCUGGAUGCGGGGCAGGAUAACCUCACCCCUCUGGGACGGCUUGAGAAAUACGCUUUCAGCGAGAACGUCUUCAACAGGCAGAUCGUGGCACGCGGACUGCUGGACGUGCUGCGCGAGUUCAGCGACAGCGAGAAUGACUUUGUCGCUGUCAUGGAAACGGUUGCCAGGAUGUCGGAGGAUGGAGAGCCCACAGUGCGUGCUGAACUGAUGGAGCAGGUACCCAACAUCGCCAUGUUCCUGCAUGAGAGCCGGCCCAACUUCCCAGCAGCCUUCUCCCGAUACCUGGUGCCCAUUGUAGUGCGGUACCUCACUGACCCCAACAACCAGGUGCGCAAGACCAGCCAGGCCGCCCUCCUCGUGCUCCUGGAGCAGGGCCUCAUCUCCAAAAACGACAUGGAGGGCAAAGUGUGUCCCGUGCUGCUGGACCUGACCGAGCCCAGCAGCGACGACGACUACAAGAUCGAGGCUGUGGCGAUCAUGUGCAAGCUGGUGACGGUGCUGAGCCGGGACACGGUGGAGCACCUGCUGCUGCGGAGGUUCUGUGAGCUGUGCGGCGACGCUCGGCUGUUCCAAGUCCGCAAGGUGUGUGCUGCCAAUUUUGGGGAGUUCUGUUCCAUCGUGGGCCAGGAGGCCACAGAGAAGCUGCUGAUGGCCAAGUUCUUUGACCUGUGCUCGGACAGCCUUUGGGGCAUUCGCAAGGCCUGCGCCGAGUGCUUCAUGGUCGUGUCCAACUCCACGUCCCCCGAGGUCCGGCGGACCAAGCUGUCCCCCCUCUUCAUCAGCCUCAUCAGCGACCAGUCCCGCUGGGUGAGGCAGGCCGCCUUCCAGUCCCUGGGGCGCUUCAUUUCCACCUUCGCCUCCCCGUCCAGCACCGGCCUGCACUUCAGAGAGGACGCCACGCUCCGCGAGAUCGCCAAGCCGCCGCCCGAAAAGUGUGAACCCCCCGAUUGCAGAGAGCCGGCCGGGGGCUGCCCGGGGGAGAGGCCAGCCCACGCACCCCUGGAGACGGGCCGCAGCUCUACUCCAGUCCCAGGCUUCGGCUCGGGCCUGCUGGCCACUCGAGGCCCCGCUGACUGCGCCGCGGAGACCAAAGGAGGCGCAGGCCAAGGGCAGGGGCCAGGGGUCUGCGCCUCCCUCUGUCCGGGGGAGGCACAGGUGGGCGAUGACACGUACAACUCCUUCUACUUCUGGAGGCCCCUGCUGCCCGAUAUCAGCCAGGACCUGGAGCUCCUGCGGACCGUGGAGGAGCACGAGCACGAGGAGGAGCAGGAGCACAAGCAGGAGGAGGAGGAGCAAGCGCCGGAGGAGGAGGAGCAAGCGCCGGAGCAGGAACAGGAGCACGAGCAGGUGGAGCAGGAGGAGGAGCUGGAGGAGGAACGGGCGCAGAAUCACGAGCAGGAGCAGGAGGAACCGGAGGAGGGACAACAGGAGGAGGAGGACGAGGAGGAGCAGGUCACCAGGCUGGAUUCCCAAGGCCCUGCUACCAGCUCACAGAUCCAGAAGGUUCUAGACUGCCUGCAGCCCCACCUGGACGACCCAGACGUUCAAGCCCAGGUACAGGUGCUGUCGGCAGCCCUGAAGGCGGCCCAGCUGGAGAGCCAAUCAGAAGAGGGCGAGCAGGAGGAGGCUGCUGGGGAGAGGCCCUCCCCCGAACCGUCGCCGCCCCCCACACCCGCCCCCGAAGAUCCUCCGCCCCUCCCCGCCGACGGCCAGCCCCCGACAGACACGGAACCUUCCGGGUCGCCCCUGACCCCGCCUGACUCGCCCCCUGCCCCCGAGGACACAGAGCAGACCCGUGUGGAGACGGCCGAGCUGAUCGAGAGUUUGGAGGGAGGGACGGACUUCGCACCCGGGCAGCUGUACGAGGAGGAGAGGUCCAAGGUCCAGAACGUGAUCCCGCAGCAGCUGCUGGAUCAGUACCUGUCCAUGACGGACCCGGCCCGGGCCCAGACGGUGGACACGGAGAUCACCAAGCACUGCGCCUUCAGCCUGCCGGGCGUGGCCCUCACCCUGGGGAGACAGAACUGGCACUGCCUCAAGGACACCUACGAGACGCUCGCCACCGACGUUCAGUGGAAGGUGCGUCGGACGCUGGCGUUCUCCAUCCACGAGCUGGCGGUGAUCCUGGGGGACCAGCUCACGGCGGCCGACCUGGUGCCCAUCUUCAACGGCUUCCUGAAGGACCUGGACGAGGUGCGCAUCGGAGUCCUCAAGCACCUGUACGACUUCCUGAAGCUGCUUCACGCGGAGAAGCGGAGGGAGUACCUCUACCAGCUGCAGGAGUUCAUGGUGACGGACAACAGCCGAAACUGGAGGUUCCGAUACGAGCUGGCAGAGCAGCUGAUCCUGAUCAUCGAGCUGUACUCCCACUACGACGUGUACGACUACCUGCGGCAGAUCGCGCUCACGCUCUGCUCCGACAAGGUUUCGGAAGUGCGCUGGAUCUCCUACCGGCUGGUGGUGGAGAUCCUGCGGAAGAUGUACUCCAGCGGGGCGCAGGACCUGGGCCUCAACUUCAUCAACGAGCUCAUCGUGCGCUUCUGCCACUGCCCCAAGUGGGUGGGACGGCAAGCCUUCGCCUUCAUCUGCCAGGCCAUCGCGGAGGAGGACUGCAUGCCGAUGGAGCAGUUUGCGCAGCACCUCCUCCCCAGCCUCCUCAGCCUGUCCUCCGACCCCGUCGCCAACGUCCGCGUGCUGGUCGCCAAGGCGCUGCGGCAGAGCGUGGUGGAGAAAGAGUACUUCAGAGACCCGGGCAGCGCGUACUCAGACGAGCUGGAGGAGACGGUGCUGACGCUGCAGGCCGAUAAGGACAGAGACGUGCGCUUCUUCGCCAGCGCAGAUCCCACCAGGAGCGUCAUGGAUACGGCAGCCUUGAUAUAACGGCACGAACUGAGCAAAACCACUGAGACGCACACACACACACACACACACACACACACACACAUACACGCACACACACACACACAUACCCACACACA